UGUAAAAUCACUAAACUCGAGAUUCUUCGCCUGACCCGAGGAUAGACGGCUUUUCUGACGCGCUAAUUGCAUAAUCUAGGCGAACCCAACUACUUGUAGUUAGUAAAACGUCCAUGGAUGGGUCUUCGGGCUAGUAAUUAAUCGCAUAUACAAACAUUAAGCAUCCAACAUGCACAUUCAAAACUUUUCCUCCGGCCGCCAACGCUUACUCGUGUCCACGGGCCAUUCAUAUGAUCAGGUGGAGGGGAAGGUCUAGGUUGAUUGACCAUUAUACUGCUUAUAUAGAAGAUGAGAUGAUAUAAGAUCACUCAUAUCCUGAUUGAUUACCGCGACUGCAGUAUCCCCUGCUGAUCCUGCGUACCCCGGAUUAGAGAUCCGAGCCCUGCAGUCAUCAAUUGGCACCUCUGCGUGCAGGGGUCUCUAAGACUCAUGCCUUGUUAGAACCUGACGUGAAGCUGGGCCUGCAAAAUGGGUCAGGCAAGUGGUCCAGCCAUUGUAGCAGUCAUCUGGACUUUCGUGUCCAUCAGCAGCAUCUUGGUUGCUGCUAGACUGUAUACACGAUUGAGAAUUGUAAAUAAGAUAGGGCUUGAUGAUUAUAUCAUGGCCUUUUCAUUGAUAUGCUGUCAUGUCUUUGCCGGUCUUGUUACUGCAUCGAUAUCCUGGGGCAUGGCCUCACAUAUGGAUGACCUAUCAACCCAGCAAAAGGCAAACGCAUUCUUCUACAGCUCCGCCUCAUUUACUCCCGGUAUCCUUUCCUUUACCAUACCCAAGCUUGGAGUCGCCGCGCUUCUCAUUCGCAUUUUGAACCCGACGCGACGGUUUACAUGGUUUCUAUGGACAUUCGUCGGCGUGAGCGAUCUAUUGAUCUUUGGCUGUGUCAUUAUCCUAUAUGCCCAGUGCAAUCCAUCCAGAGCCACAUGGACCCCAUCCAUGACUGAUGCUGUGUGUUGGAGCCCUGCCGUGCUGGAGAACUACUCGAUCGCCAGUGGAGCCCUUUCCGCUUUCCUCGAUUUGUUUCUUGCCAUGUACCCAGCAACCGUGCUUUGGAGACUACAAAUGAACCGAAGGAAAAAGAUCGGUCUCUCGGCUACCUUGGGCUUGGGCAUUUUUGCAUGUGCGGUAUCCAUUUACAAGGCUACACGGUUGCCUGAAUUGGGAAAUAAGGCGGACUAUACCUAUGCUACAUCCGAAGUAUUUUUAUGGACAAGUAUCGAAGCAAACACUAUUAUCCAAGCCGCUUGUAUCCCGACCAUCGCACCUCUCCUCGAAUCGCUCCUCGGCAGAAAAGUAUUCUCCAGUCGGUCCGCAGAGCAUACUUCCUCAUACUUUGGAGCCAGUGGCGACGUUAGGAAAAACAGUAAGAACAAUUGGCGGGCCCCGAGGAAGCAAAGCCUUCCAGGUUCACAAAAUUGGCCUUCGGCGGCGCGAUCAGGCGACCACAGCCGUCUAUCGGAUGUCGAAAGUCAAAAGAGCAUUCUUGGCGAGGAUGGCAUACCUCUUUCGCAUAUUACACGGAAAGAUGAAUUCAGCAUCCAAUUCGAGGCUGCCACUCAGCACGGUCUAGAGCGUGUCCGGGAUGGACGGCCGCCAUCUGUAUGGCGAAGAAGUCUGUUGAAAUAUGGAACCCCUCCCUGAACAACACCCCAUCGACAUUUAACGCGUAACGAUCAUAAAUAAUGUACUAUAUA